UAUGUUGCUUUUAGUGAACACUAGUUUUAAAAAUGAUAUUGCUUCAAAGUUUUUUUGAGAAGACACUUUUAAUUUUUGUUGUUGUUAAACUAUCGCAACCAGUGCCGACCUUGAUGCCAAGAAAUGUAAAACUUUCUUUAAUAAAAGAUGAAAUGGUAAAAUACCUAAAACAUCCUUCUUAUAAAAAAAGCGUACUGCUCUAUUCAAAGCAAGGUUAUUUUUUAUCGAUAGCAGACGACGGGAAAAUAUAUGGAACUCAUGAUGGAUUUUCACCUGAUGCUCAGCUAGAAGUACAGUCAUUUGGAGUGAACUUUAAACGUAUAAGAAAACCUGGCUCAUGGUAUCUAUCAAUUGAUAAAAAUGGCGCAGUAAAAGCUGAGAAUGAUCCAAAAAACGAAACUUUAUUCCAAGAAGUAAUUGAUAAAGAAGGUUGGGCAAUAUACCGUAAUGAUUUAACUGGAUAUCUACUAGCAUUUAAUAAAAAUGGAAAAUUACAACAAAACUUGAAGAGCUCUAAAGUAAAAAAUAAAGCAAAGUUUUUACUUCUUUCUUCAUUUUCUAGUGGUGGAAAAAAGCAGAAAGCAUAAAUAAAAAACCUUGAAAAAAACUCUUUAAAUAUUAAUAGGUGUAAAUAAUGUAAAAUAAAAAGACAAAAAUUAAUUUUAUUAUCAACCGCUCCGCUUUAUAUUUUAUAGUUCAAAAGUUUCAAGAAUUUAUGUCAAUAAAUUAUAAUAAUUUAUGUAACUAUUUAUA